AUGAAACAAGAGCAGGUUGAUAUGCACCAGGAGGAGGAACAGAACCCCGAACAAAGAACCAAGAGUCCGGCUCAGAGGCAUCGGAUGAAACGGAAACAGGAGAUAAACUUGGAUCAACAAGAGGCGAAUCAGUUGCCGGUUACUAAUCAGGAGGGAACCAAUAAUGCCAAAUGGAAGACGGUCAAGAAAAAAGGCACUGGACAUAAGCUUGACAAAGUGGCACCAGAAGCAAUCAUCAUAAAGAUAAUUGAAGAAAAGUCGUAUGCUAACACAUUGAAAAGCCUGAAGAAGGGUCUCAACGACUCCGGAUUAACAGACGAAGUGGAAAUGUCAAAGAGUACAAUGAAUGGAGAUCUGCUCUUAAAGCUAAAAAAAGGAAACAAAUAA